AUGGAUUCUGCCAAUAUUGAAGCCCGGGGGAAGUGGGAGGAUCCUCAUCCGCAGAGUCGAUGGGCAAUCAUACGCAACAACCCCAAGCUUAUGGCUAUCGCUUUCUUCGCCUCAUUCGGUGGAUUCGAAUAUGGGUACCAACAAGGUGUUCUUGGACAGUCCCUCGUCAUGUAUCGCUUCAAAGACAACUUCCCCACGGUAGUGGCCUCCUCAAGCGCCACGGGUUGGUUGACCUCAGUCCUGCAACUGGGCGGCAUCGUUGGGUCUCUUUCGGCUGGUAUCCUAGGAGAAGUCUUCUCGAGGAAAUAUACAAUGUUCUCGGCCUGUUGCUGGGUGGUCCUGGGCAGCUACCUCUAUAUCGGGGCUACCUAUCACAGUCCUGCACUAUUGUAUGCCGGCAGGUUUUUCACUGGAUUGGGAGUCGGGACCUUUAGUGGUGUCGGGCCUCUAUACAAUGCUGAGUUGUCCUCCCCCCAGCUUCGUGGGUUCAUGGUCUCCUUCUACCAAUUCGCGACCAUCCUCGGGAUUAUGCUGUCUUUCUGGUGCGGCUAUGGAAGUAACAACAUCGGAGGCUACGGGGAGCACCAGUCCAACCUGGCCUGGCGACUUCCAUCCAUCAUCCAGGGCAUCCCUGCAGCGUGCCUGGCCCUUGGGAUCUGGUGGCUUCCUUUUUCGCCUCGAUGGCUGGUGAAGAAAGGCCGGGAUGAGGAGGCCCGCCGGACUCUCUCCUACCUUCGCAAGCUGCCGGCCGAUCAUCCCUCGGUGGAACGAGAGUACAGGGAAAUCAAGGCCGAGUGUCUCUUCGAGCAGCGUGCUUUUGCGAAGACCUUCCCCCACCUGGCCGAGAGAGAGAAGCAAAGCAUCAUGGCGCGGGAAUUCGCUCAGUACUACAACAUUGUCCGCACCUGGGACAACUUCAAGCGGGUGGCCAUGGCAUGGCUGGUUAUGUUCUUCCAGCAGUGGUCUGGGAUCGACGCCAUCAUCUACUAUGCCUCCAACGUCUUUGAAAGCCUCGGCUUGACCAGUGGCACUUCUGCCCUGUUGGCGACCGGAGUGACGGGCGUGGUGUUUCUCGUGUCCACAAUUCCCGCCAUGCUGGUGAUCGAUAGGGUUGGGCGCAAGCCGAUGCUGUUGCUGGGCUCUUUGGUGAUGUUCAUUUCCAUGAUCAUUGCCGGAGUCAUUGUCGCCAAGUUCCGUCACGACUGGCCUGGCCAUCCGGCGGCUGGUUGGACGGCCGUUGCCUUCAUCUGGGUGUACGUGGGCGCCUUUGGCGCGACCUGGGGACCAGCUUCCUGGACUUUGGUCUCGGAGAUCUUCCCUCUCUCUAUUCGCGCCAAGGGCGCAUCUUUUGGUGCGUCGAGUAAUUGGAUUAACAAUUUUGCGGUCGCGUUCUUCGUACCGCCGAUGCUCUCUGCUUGGGCAUGGGGCACGUACAUCUUCUUCGCGGUGUUUCUGGCUGCAGGCAUCGUCUGGGUGUGGUUCUGCCUGCCGGAGACCAAGGGCGCAACACUGGAGGAUAUGGAUCGGGUGUUCAAGAGUCGCACGGGCGAACAAGACGCGAUCUUGCUGGCUCAGGCACGGAGUGAUGUUGGACUGGAUCUGGACCAUGCCACUGCCGUUGAGAAGUUGGGCAGUAUGUAUAUUGAAGAGGAGAAGUCGUCUGUCCGUCGGGAAGAAACAGCACGGGCAUAA